AAUGAAAAGCAUUCGAAACCGUCUCGAGUAGCGCCGGUUGACGGUACUAGUCAACGUGUUAAAAGCAAUUCUCAUUUUCCAGAUGAACCAUUCACAAAGCAAUGGCUCAGGCCCUGGGCCCAUCCCACAACGAUGGCUGGAAUGUCCUCGUAAAUCAGAUGGCUUGAUUCAUGGCUUGUUCCUUGCCUUCAAAACUCCCCUCAGCGCUAAAUUUGAUGAUCAAGUUCCUCCUGCCAACAGAUUCUCACCCAACAUGCUUAUUGGCUCAAUGAAAAGCCACAAGGUUGAAAUUGGGCUUUGGGUUGAUCUAACAAACACAAAUCGCUUCUAUGACUUCAAAGACGUCAAAAGCAAUGAUUGUCGGUAUGUGAAACUCAGCUGCCGUGGUCAUGGGGAAGCUCCGUCACAAGAAUCUGUUCAGACCUUCAUAAGGAUCUGCUCAACAUUCAAAGCAAAAUAUCCUCUGAAAGCUAUUGCCGUGCAUUGCACACACGGGUUCAACAGGACAGGCUUCAUGAUCUGUUCAUACCUCGUGGAGCAAGAGGACAUCAGCAUUGAUCUUGCAGUGCAAAUGUUUGCCAGGAGCAGGUCUCCUGGGAUCUACAAGCAAGACUACAUCAACCAGCUGUUCCAGUGGUACGGAGAUGGAGAUGAUGCUCCUCCCGUGGCUCCGGCGCUGCCUUCCUGGCACACUGAGUGCGACGACUCCGACACUGAGAGCGGCUCUAGCGGAGUCAGGGGCGGCAAGCGCAACGGCCACGAGAGGAACAAAAGCAACCCCACCUUCAUGGAGGGCGUCGACAACGUGCGUCCUGUGACGCAACCUGAGGUGCUGAGCAGAGUGCGGCGCAGGAUCCAGGACAUGUGUGGCUUCAGGUCGUCAGGGUUCCCAGGCUGCCAGCCAGUGAGCAUGUCGCGCGAUAAUAUCUCCUUGCUGAAGGACCAUCCAUAUUAUGUCUCCUGGAAGGCUGACGGCACAAGAUACAUGAUGCUCAUUGACGGUGGCGGAGAGAUCUACUUGUCUGACCGUGACAACAGCAUCUUCCACGCCCCGGACAUCACCUUCAAAGACAAGGACGAUCUCAACGUCAACCUCAAAGACACGCUCAUAGACGGCGAACUUGUGAUAGACGUGGAGCCCGGUACCAAGAAGCGGUAUCCGCGAUACCUGAUCUACGACGCGCUGAGGAUCCGUGGCAGAGACAUCAGAGAGGACACCUUCUGGCUGCGAUGGGAGAGAAUCAACACGGACAUCAUCAUGCCGCGCAACUUCGCAAUCACCACAGGCAAGAUCAACAAGGCGCGGGAGCCCUUCAGUGUGCGGCGUAAAGACUUUUGGGAGGCGAGCGAGUGCAACACUAAGAAGCUUCUUAGCGACAGCUUCACCAAGAAACUUCUGCAUGAACCUGACGGCCUAAUAUUCCAACCUGACCAGCUGCCCUACAUGUGCGGACGGUGCGACGCGGUGCUCAAAUGGAAGCCGCCCUCCCACAAUUCCGUUGACUUCAAGCUUAAGAUCGUCACGCGGGGCGGCGAGGGGUUGUUGACUUCGAAAGUUGGUCUGCUGUUCGUGGGUGGUUUGGAUGCGCCUUUUGGUGAGAUUAAAAUUAAAAACUUGAAGAACUACGACAACAAGAUCAUCGAGUGCAGCGUCAACGAGAAGCGAGAGUGGGUCUUCAUGAGAGAGCGCACAGAUAAAUCCUUCCCCAACAGCUACCAGACUGCUGAAGCUGUGGUGAAGACGAUCAUGCAGCCUGUGACCGAGCAAUACCUGCUGGAUUACAUCGCACAACACGGCUACCGCAAGCCCGACCAUUUACUCAUGCCACCGCCUCCUGGCAUCGCUUCAACCCGACCCCCUGCCCAGCCUCCCGCUCGUAACCACCAUCCCUCCGUGAACACUAACGGCGUUAAUAACAAUCACAACGCGCUCGGUAACGCCAGAAAAAGUUUCCGGCAGCACGAAGAUCAGCACCUCGGUUCCGCCUCUACUUCAAACGCCUCCGAAGACUUGGUCAUGCCCAGCGACUGGCAUGGGGCGAGUGAUUCCUCCUUAGAAUUUGAGUCUUACGACGCCAGAGGGCACAGCGGCCGGCGCCAGCGCCUGAGCUCCGACGAGGACGAUAACAGCAGCGGGGACGAGGCAUCUCAACAGACCACCAAAAGACGAUGUAUGUCCUGAAAAGUACCGUAUUCCUGCACUGUAAGGCCCGUCCACUACGAACUUUUUCCAUUCAAGCAUUUUUUUUAUACUAACCCCACACAGACACACAGGAUUUCUCGUCGUAUCGAGCCCUGCUUGUAUCUUCGCUUGGGACAUGGCUUGAGGUCAUUUAUCCUUUGAGCUCCCAAAUCUCGUCGUCCCAUUCUUAAUUAUACGCGCCACGUAGCGAUCCCAACUCAACACGAAGAUGAGAAUAAGAUAAGAUAAGACUUUAAUAAUCUGUUCAUGAUAUUCAAACUUGAUAUUCGAAGCUCACCAACCAGUCAAGUAAAAAAAAAGUCACUAAAUAUGUCAGAAAGCUCGUCAUUAUGCGCAUUUUGACCCGCACUUAGGUUGAAGCGUUAUCAACAGAGUUUGAACGUGUGUGGUUCUGAAAAUUUUUUGACGCUUCUUAUCCACUUGCCCUGUGCGUGUCAGUGAAAAAAUUUUUGUAUAAUUCUGCCUCGGAAGUUCAUUGGGAGCUGAAGCAAAGCUUCCAGUCUGUGAUGUUAAAUAGCAAAUGAAGUUAUUUAUGGAUAGCUCUAGGAAGGUUUGGGAAUUUUUCGAUGUAAAAUAUAAAUAAAGGUUAUGGUGUAUCUGGCAGUUUAGUAUUUCUGCAUGAGACUUGUUUGCGAACUCUUUUCGUUAGUAUUAACUUUGGUAGCGUGUGCACUGGCCGGUAAGGAUAAAAUAUUUGUUAUCAGCAGGAAGCUUGGCCAUUUGCAUCUCCCAUUGGCGUGAAGUAAAUCAUCACGUUAUCCCUUGUUGCUUUUGUUACUUUAGAUUCAUUUAAAUACAAUGUUAAGGCUGAGUGUUUGUAAUUAGCUGAAAUGAAUACUCGUGUAUGUAUUUAUUUUCAUCCACUUAGCUCAUGAUGAAGCACACGAGGAUGCGUACUUAUUCAAUGUACACUUGGAGGGGGUGUGCUACGCUUGUUUGUUGUGAACACAUUCCCUUCGUGAACUGCUACACUAUUGAUCUUAUCCUUUCACAAUCAUAAUUUAUUUAAUGAGCCUAAUAGUGCGUUUCUAAUAUGUGAUACUAUACCUCGAGCGAGAUUUGUCGAGGACGUGGCGUCUGCUAAUAUCUUCGGAGCAAACUUUUGGUUCGUUCACUUCGGAUAGCGUAAAUGGUGGCUACUGCUUUCAUAGAAACUUGCCUAUGUCAGAGUCUCCCUCCAGACAGACGACGAGUUGACUGCAACGGCGGUUUUCAAGUGGAAAGUAGUGUUGGUAUUUCUUGUUCUUUAUUUACGCUUCGCCUUAUUUCAUCCAUUUAUCAGUUCUUUUGUAAGACGUUGAGCAGGAUGUCUCUAAAGCAUUUCUCUCUAUAAAUGAGCCAGGUGUUGUAUUGCUGAUGGUAUUUCCUAUUAUUAACAGGCUUUGGUCUUUCAGUUUUUUUGUACCGCAAGUAGGGCUUGAAUUCGUAAAUAAUACUGCUGAGAUUUCACGACGAAGCUGGGAUAAUAUGUAAUAAUAACAUAAUAAUAAUAACUACAUUGUGUUUUUGGAUUCAAAAAAUGCUUCAACCUUCAAAAUUAGUUGCCUUGUAACUUUAAAAGGAAUAACUUUUUAUUUGUUCAACCAAAAACUGUUCCUAGAACUGGAUGCUCAUGAAGAUAGAACAAUGCCAAUGAACUUAAGCUAUAUAAGCUAUAUAAGCUAUAACUGCUGGUGCGUUUCUUGCAUGCAUCAUCGCAGCCUCGAUACUGAUGGUGUUCAUGUUCUUCUUUACUUUCCAAUUUGAAUUCAAGUAGCUACUCCAUUGAAUGUUCUGUACAAUGUAGGAUUUUAUUGGUUAGAAUUACACAAAAUAGUCAGGGGAGUGAUACGUGUACAUAUGUAUUGCGUUAUCAAAAAUCUGCGGGUUUUCCUGAGAUGACCUCACGUGUAUAUUUGUAUUUAGCAACGAGCAUUCGUGUCUGUUGUGAGUCUUACAAGUGUGACCGCGUUCAUGUUGUUCACGAGGAGGAGGAAUGUUCUGUUGUUGACUCGUGAACAGCUGUUGAUGUUAGAACAAGGAAUAUCAACUGCACUGAGAGCUCGUUCAACAUGAGACUUGUUCCUUGAAUGUGAUCCUUCUUCGACCACAGACUUGUUUCUUUCAUCGAAAUCUUCGUACUUUGACCAAAGACUUGUAUUUUCGAUCUACGACUCUUCCUUUGAUCUAUGAUUUUAUUCUUUGAUCUAUGACUAGUUUCUUCGCUCUAUGACUUGUUCCUUCGACCUAUGACUUGUUUCUUCCAUCUAUGACUUGUUUCGUAUUUUCUUCUUUUCGUAUUUUCUUUUUUCUUUUUGAAUUGCUUGCACGAACAGCGAAUUUCAGUCGCGUUUAGAACGAUGAAUCAAUGAGUGAACUGGGCCCGGUUUAGUGACAUGGAAUUCAUUUGUUGUUUAAAAAACAUUAAUUAAUUUCUAACUAUAUUGGAUUCUAACUUAAUUUUUGGCUUUUUUCAAAGGUACUGUGCAAUAGCUUUGUUUUUUGAAGUUCCCUGUUCCACCUGUUUUAUAUCAAAGUUUCAUCUUAUGGGAAUUAAUUACAAACGCUAGAAAAGAAUCUUAUGAUCAAAAGUUUUAUGAAUAGCAUGUAUGAUCUGAAUAUAGAAAAGCUGCUGGUACAGUUGGUAAAAAUGGGUCUUAAUUAAUGCCAUCUAUGGUCAAAAAUUUACUCUGUAUUCGCUGAGUUGGGCAAAUGCUAGUCUCUAACUCCACGGUCAUUUCCUUUCCUGCUUUUGGUUUGGUCGUGUCAUUAAAAUUUGCAGUUAUCAGUCUUACUACAAAUGAUAUUAGCCACUUGAGUUUCACUUGUGUAAAUAUCGUGAACAUUUUCGUGAUGAGAAAUCGCCGAUGUUGGUGCUGGACAUCGAUUGCCUUUUAUACAUUGCAAAAGAAAAAAGUUUCGAACGUU